AUUGGUCCAUGUCAAACAGCAAAGAGUGCCGCAGUUAUCUAGGAAUCUGAGCCAAAGCAACCUCACUAACAGAGGGGAGCAGGAGACAGAGGAGGACAAGCAGUGAGGGGCAAAAAAAUAGGAGGGAAGAAGAGGAUGAAAGAAGCACAGAGAGAAGAAAACAACGACAACAAUAGAAAGAUCUAGACAUUAAGGAAGGGCUGCAAAAACUUUACACUUAUUGAGAUUUAAAGAAAAGUGGAGGGAGGGUUUUCAGAGUAUCAUCGGUGACAGAAGGACAAACAUUUUGCAGCUUGGAGGAAGAGGCUGGACCACUGCUCAAGAGAUUAAAACAAAGUUCAGGAAAUCUGCUGUAUUUUCCCAUGAUUCCUUUUGGGUCUCUUGGUUUGCUGUCACUGUAUGUGGGUGCCCUGCUGUCUUUAGAUGCAUCCCCAUCCUGCACACAGCCUCCCUGCAGGGACAGUCUGGUGGCCGCACCCAACCCACCUGGGUCAGCAGCAGGAGUAGGUACUGGGGCCUGUGAGGGUCAGACUGGGACAACAGGCUGUAAGAUGGGGGUUUCCCUUCCAGCCAUCGCAGGUGCUCCUCGGAGGGUGGAGCACAGGCAUGAUUUACCCCAGGUUCAACCUAAGAUGGGAGGUGUCAAAGAGCGUCUUGUUCAGCUGCAGCGCUGCAUGCACUCUGUCCAGGAAACAGGGGGGGCCUGGAGUCCCGGGAGCCAGGAGAGCGACUCUCUAGGGGCCAUUCUGUCACUAAUGGCAGCUGUGCUGACAGAGUGUGACCUCCACUGUCACAGCCAGGCCCUCGGGGCGAUGGCAAAACGCCUAGAAAGCGCAGCGGUGGGAAGAGCGGGGGAGAAAGACCUGCUGCUCUUCCUGAAGAGCAUCACACAUUACCCUCCAACAGUCGCGCCCUCAGACAGGUUACAUCCUCAGGAUUGUGCAGAGAUUUACAAGCUUGGCAUCAAAGAGAGUGGAAUCUACACCAUCCAGCCUGAUCUGCACAGGCCAGCACUGGAGGCUAAAUGUGACAUGGAGACGGCGGGCGGUGGUUGGACUGUGAUCCAGACUCGGCAGGAUGGUUCGCUGAAUUUCAACAGAACAUGGCAGGAAUACCAGGAGGGCUUUGGAAGUCCACAGGGAGAGCGCUGGCUGGGGAACGCGGCGAUGCAUGCCCUCACCACCACCGGCCAACACCAACUCCGAAUAGAGCUGGAGGACUGGCACCAUCAGAGACGCCAUGCGACCUACAACAAUUUCAAAGUAGCCUCAGAGGCACAGAGGUAUCGCCUGACAGCACGGGAGUACUCCGGAGAUGCAGGCAACGCCUUGAGCUACAACAAGCGUUAUAACCAUGAUGGCAGAUCCUUCACCACCGCUGACCGAGAUCAUGACCGUUAUGCAGCUGGGAACUGUGGUCACUACUACGGUACAGGCUGGUGGUUUGAUGCCUGCUUGGCAGCUAACCUGAAUGGACACUACUACCGUGGCCGCUACAGUGGAGUGACCAAUGGUAUCUACUGGGGGACAUGGUACAUCCUGACAGAUGGACGCACCGGCGAACGCUACUCCUUCAAGAGGGUGGAGAUGAAAACAAGACCUAAGAACUUUGUGGGGAGGCCCUGAAGCUAAUGAUGAGCAUUAUGUAACAGAUGUUACAGAUGUUUGAGUUACUGUAUGGACGUCACUCUGUUUAGAGCAGCUUUCAUUGUCACUUACCAAUCACAUGCAAAUGGCAGCUAAUAGGUUUAUGGAAGAAAUAAACUGAGAGUAAUGUUUAAAUAUUCACUAGCACACUGUUCACUAGGCCAGUACUGUCUUGCAAAUUAAAUAAAUGAACUAAAACAACGAAACAAAGAAAAAUAUAGUACAAUUAGAUAAUAAUAAAUUGCAAAUACUGGUUGUAGCUUUAACUAUUACACAUUUCAUUUCCAUCACUGUUGCACAUUAAAAAAAGAAUCUGACCACUGGACGCAUGCAGUGAGGCUGUGAGACAUGUGUCUACAUAUUAUUAUGGUUUACAUUCAGUAUAUUUAUGACCUUCUUUGUAAUGCCAAACAUGCACAUACUGUACAGCACAAUAAAGAUUAAACAUAAGCCAGACUACUCAUAAAAUGCACAAUUUAACCUUAUGAGAUUGUUUAUGCAACUAACUGCUAGGUCAAACUGUCUGCAAUAGUAUUCACAUGCAUUUUAGGUCAGACCUUGUCAUGAACUUAAAACAGGUUCUGAAUCUCAAUGGAAGUGUUUCUUGCUUAA